AUGGAGGGAUGGACUCGACUCCAACCCCGGAACAGUCUCUCACAUGAAGCGUACGGGUCAAUUAAUGAAGCGUUGGUAAUUUUCGGGCUUAUUACGGGCGCCUUGUCACUCGUUGUGCAUACCUAUACGAGUGUAUUCAUCACCCGACAGUUUGGCGUUCAUAAUGUUUUCACGAUUAUUGCAUGGAUGUUAGCAGUUGCCAUGCAGGGUUUAACCCUGUAUGGUUUCGGUGAUGGAGGUAUUGGGAAGCACGAAGCUACUCUCUCGGAGAGUGAGUUUACUAGGUUCACGGUGUUAAUUUUAGCAAUCGUCGUGACGUUCAUUCCAUUAGUUUGUGUCGCAAAGCUGAGCCUGAUCAUGCUAUACUAUCGCCUAAGUCCCCAUGUGAAGCUAUGGAGAUUCUGCAUAUACGGAAUCGCGACCCUCAUCACCAUACCCACACCUAUACUGGUUUUCCUCUAUUUGUUCGGCUGCCAGCCGGUUGCUAAGGCAUGGGACCCGACAAUAACUGAAGGGCACUGUGUAGGCCGCCUCAGUAUCAUGUUAGCAAGUUCCGUGCUAAACGUUAUUACGGAUUUCUUAAUGAUAAUCGCCCCGAUCCCUCUGAUCUGGAAACUGAAUAUGCGGGUAUGGCAAAAGCUAGGAGUGUCUCUGAUGUUUUUCUUGGGUGGCAUCACCAUUAUUACCAGUAUCUUUCGCGCAAUCACGGUCGACAACUUGCUUUAUGAAGGGGACCAUCCUUAUCAUAUGGCAGUUCCGGUCCUAUGGGCGAAUGCGGAAACCGUCCUUGUCAUUAUCUGCGACUGCCUUCCCUCGCUCCGUCCCUUCCUGCGCCGUCAUUGCCCUGGAGGCUGUUUCACGGGGUCUGAACCCUCCGGAGUGCCAACUAGUGGCACACGCAAUACGAGGCAACAUGGUAGGAGCCGCUAUUUCGACGAUGACAUCGAGCUUAUUCAGAACGGCUCGGAUCCCUCGAGGUCUAUGGUUAUCACACGGACCGUGGAGAUGGAAUUGCAAUACCACAAGGCUGGAGUCGACACAAAGCCGACAAAACAGUCUAUUCCUUGA